UACAAGAGAGAGAAAGUAAGUAAGUGAGUUAGAGAGAGAAACACUGUGUGUGUGUGUUUUUGUGUUUGUGUUUGUGUUUCUGUGUGUAACUUCUCACAUGGCCUCCAUUCCGUUGGGGCCGAACCAACAUCAACAACAGCUAGCAGCAGCUCCACCGCUGCCUCUACCUCUGCCUCUUCCUCUGCCGAUGCCGGUGCCGGUGCCGUUACCGUUGCCGCCACCACCACCGCAACAACCACCGAUGCAGUUUUUGCCGCCGCUAGCUGAGAAUGACCCCCCGAAUGUGGAGGCUCACGGUGACUCCGAAAUGGAGACUGAUAAGGAAAUGUCAGCUACUGUCAUGGAGGGUAAUGGUGAAGUCACUGGUCACAUAAUCUCAACCACAAUUGGAGGCAAAAAUGGUGAACCUAAACGGACCAUCAGUUACAUGGCCGAACGUGUUGUUGGCACUGGAUCAUUUGGAAUUGUUUUCCAGGCAAAGUGCUUGGAGACUGGGGAGGCUGUGGCUAUAAAGAAGGUCCUGCAGGACAGGCGAUACAAAAAUCGUGAACUACAGUUAAUGGGCUUGAUGGAUCACCCAAAUAUAAUUUCCAUGCAGAACCAUUUCUUCUCUACAACAAGCAGAGAUGAACUUUUUCUGAACUUGGUAAUGGAAUAUGUCCCCGAAACGAUGUCCCGAGUUCUAAAGCGCUACAAUAGUAUGAACCAGCGAAUGCCCCUAAUCUAUGUGAAAUUAUAUACAUAUCAAAUCUUAAGAGCACUAGCAUAUAUCCAUACUGUACCAGGAGUUACCCAUAGGGAUGUGAAGCCUCAAAAUCUUUUGGUUGAUCCUCUCACUCACCAAGUUAAGCUUUGCGAUUUUGGGAGUGCAAAAAUUUUGGUCGAGGGUGAAUCAAACAUUUCAUACAUAUGUUCACGAUACUAUCGGGCCCCCGAGCUAAUAUUUGGUGCGACAGAAUACACAACUUCUGUUGAUAUCUGGUCAGCUGGCUGUGUCCUCGCCGAACUUCUUCUAGGCCAGCCAUUGUUCCCAGGAGACAAUCAGGUGGACCAACUUGUGGAAAUUAUUAAGAUUCUUGGUACUCCGACUCGAGAAGAAAUUCGAUGUAUGAACCCUAAUUAUACAGAUUUUAGAUUCCCCCAAGUUAAAGGUCAUCCUUGGCAUAAGGUUUUUCGAAAGCGAAUGCCUCCUGAAGCAAUUGACCUUGCACAAAGGCUUCUCCAAUAUUCACCAAGCUUACGAUGCUCUGCACUGGAAGCAUGCGCGCAUAGGUUUUUUGAUGAACUUCGUGACCCGAAUGCCCGAUUACCUAAUGGUCGUCCACUGCCUCCGCUUUUUGACUUUACUAAACAGGAGUUAGCUGGAGCACCCCCUGAACUGAUCGAUAAACUCAUCCCAGAGCACUUCAGGUGGCAAAGUGAUCUGGACUUUCCUCUUCCGGCAGGCAUAUAAAUGUAAAGAGAUAAUGAAACAAGGAGUCAAUCGUUCUAGUGAUUAAUGUAAUACACAGGAUGGCCUGUUUGUGGUCAAUAGAAUAGGGUUCAGGUCUAAGAUGCAGUUUUCCUUCCCCUCUGAAGAUGUAUACAUGUUACUGGCUGCUUAGUGUAACCUGGAAACUGAUGAUUAUGUCUAAUGUUUAAUUCUAGUUAUAAAGCAUACCUAU